AUGCUUUGCAGAGCGUGCCGUCGCGCAAUUGCGCUCCCCAAACCCACGAACACCAUUGCAAAAGCUCCCCUCUCCAGUCUCUCGAUCGCAACAAGAAACGAUGCCCCCAGAUCCACGCCUACAGUCCAAGUUUUGAAGACGAUCCGAUCACGGCCUCAGUUCAACCACCAAUCGAUCUCCAAGCGCUCCUACUCCUCCGCGACCGAGACAUCAACAGCCCUCGAGAAGCCCGACCACCUCGACGAUGCCGAGUCGACGAUAUGGGAUAAGCUAGUCGCUGAGUUCACGCCCUCGGAGCUCAUUGUCCAAGACGUUUCGGGUGGAUGCGGUUCCAUGUACGCCAUCGACAUCACCUCGGCCAAAUUCAAGGGCGCCAACAUGCUGAAGCAGCAGCGCAUGGUCAACGCCGUCUUGGGCGACAUGAUGAAGCAGUGGCACGGCGUUCAGCUGCGCACCAAGGCACCUCAAUAA